AUGGACGUACUCUUCUUUCUGCUUCCGUUUGUCGUUUUGAUCUAUGGUGAUACAGAGCUUCUGAAAAAUCCGGAUUUUGAGAGCAUAUCAUUUUCCGGAAACUGGGUUUGCCAAGCAUGCACUUUGUCAAGAAGCACUUCCAGCUAUCAUGGGCACCAUAGUGCUAAAAUAACAAACAGACAACACAGCUGGUCUGGAAUAGCCCAGACCAUUAACGUGUUACCUGGUCAAAGGUAUGUCUUUAGUGCACAUGUCAAACUGCUUAACAUGGCACAAGGUCACAUGUUCCAUAAGGUCGAGGUCAUGGUAAAGGAGACGAUCAAUGGCCAUGACCAGUACCACGACUUUGGUGAUAGCCCUAAGGUGCGGACAGAUAACGGUUGGGUAAACGUUGGUUUUGACUUGAAAAUUCCAAACAAUCUUCAUCAGAUUUACUUAUAUAUUCAAAUCGCUGAACCGGAAGUGAACUAUCUCGUCGAUUCUGCAAGUUUCAAACUUCUACCAUAUGAUGCAAACUGGAAAUCUGAGGCCAACGCUAGAAUAAACAAUAUAAGAAAAGCUCCAAUCACAAUCAAUUUGCACAACAUACAUGGGUCUGGCUACCAAGUUGAGAUCCAACAGACGAAGAGCAAAUUUGCAUUUGGGUCUGUAGUGGAAGCGAACAAGAUCGUCGAUUCGUCGUAUCAUGCAUACCAACAAUUUUUCUACGACAAUUUUGAGUGGUCUGUACUGGAGAACGCUCUUAAAUGGCGACAGAUGGAAUGGAGCCAGGGUCACCCAAAUCUGGAUAAACCAAUGAGAGCUGUGAAUGCCCUCCGUGCGAAAGGUGUAAAGGUCCGAGGACACAACAUGUUUUGGGGGACACACGGGACACAUCCUGAUUGGAUUGACGGAAUGGGACAAUCAACACUGAUACAAGCUAUGCACACACAUAUUAAUGAUGUCAUAUCACGCACUAGAGGAAGUCUCGAGCACUGGGAUGUAUACAACGAAAAUUUACACGGAAUGUACUUUGAGCAGCAUACGGGUCACCCAAACAUAAGUAUGGAGAUGUUCAACUGGAUCCAUCAGGCGGAGCCGGGAGUGAAACUGUUUCUGAAUGAAUACGCAGUGGCCUCUUCAAGUCAGAUGACCACAGCAUACAAGCAACAAGCUGUGGAACUGAAGAACGCUGGAAUCCCGUUAUAUGGCAUUGGCAUUCAGUGCCAUACAAACAGUCACAUGGAUAUUACGUCAUUAAAGUACCGACUGGACAAGAUAGCAGAAGCAGGACUCCCAAUAUGGAUAACCGAGUUCACGGUAAAUGAAGCUAACGAAGCAUUGAAGGCUAAUGCUUUAGAAAAUAUGAUGACAUUAUUCAUGAGUCACCCUGCAGUUGAAGGGGUUUUGCUGUGGGGAUUUUGGGAUGGACAACUGUGGCUACCUAACUCUGCUUUAGCAACAGGAUCUAAUGUACAGCCCAAUGCUGCAGGACGAAGGUAUCAAACACUCUUCCACCAAACAUGGCGGACUCACGUGACUAAAUCUGUGACCGGAAAUACAGUACACGCAUCAGGGUUUAUGGGAGAUUACACAAUCCGAAUUAAACACAGCGGUCAAACUGUAAAGACACAGCAUCUUACUCUCGACAAAGGCGGACUCACUGUCACCGUCAACCUCUAA